GAGCCAAGCUUGCUUGGUAGCUAUUACGAGCCCUCCCCCGAUACAGAGUUGCCAAAACUCUGGCCUUUCGAGAGCGGGGUUCACGCAACCUAGACUUGGCAAGCCUGCGAGUCGACAGGAAGGGCCCAGCCAACCAAAGCUAGGCGCUGCAGCCAGAGCUCUGCUGCGCGGCGACGCGAGGCGCGCAAAGUCGCGGAGGAGUAGCUCGAGAUCGAGGCCAUUAGCAGAUGCCGAAGAUAGAUGCGUUUACGUUCGACGCCGAUGAGGUCUUAGAGUUCGCCCGGGAACACCGCAUCAGCAGCAUCAUCUUCAUCGGCCUCACAUUAGUACUACUGGAGUGGGUAAAAGCUAAAUUCAGCCCGGCCCGCGACCUCGCGCAGCAAGCGCGCAUGAAAAGGAUGUUCAAGAAGGGCGCCAUCAAAACUAAGAAACGAUGAUCAUCGCACUGCUCACGACGGCGGCGGCGGUGCAAACACUGCGCAAACCGCCCACGCUACGGUCCCCAUCGCCAAAGUGGCCGCCGCCCGACGCCGAUCCACAAGCGAAGUGGUACGCAUCGGACGCGGGCCCGCUAGGGAGGCUGGUCGACCUCGCAUGCGAGAGCGCCUUCCGCAGGUCCCUCGCGAGGGAAGCGGGCGGCGACGACAACACGCCGGGCUUCGAGGGCAUCAUCAACCUCGCCCAGAAAUUGGUCGCAGUGGAACCUAGAAGCGCCGCCGCGACGCGCGUGCGAGCUAGAGGCGUGCUGCGGGGCCUGUUCCCGGACUGGCCUCCGACGUUGCCAAGUGUCGAGCAGCCCGGCCUGCUGUGGUGGUUCACUCAGUUAUUUGCGAAGCCAUUCCCCGAAUUCUCCGCAAAGCUCAACGCGAAGGUGACGUGGGCCGCCGGCGGCUGGCUGAUGGGCCCUCUUGAAUUAAGGGAUCUCGAGGAAACGCCGGAGGUGGGUGAUGGCGCGAAUCAAUUAGUCUACGUCAAACGGUGCCGCUUCCUCGAGCAGUCGGGCUGCGCGUCGGUCUGCGUGAACGCGUGCAAGUUCCCGACCCAAGAUUUGUUUAAUGGCGACAUGGGCGUGCCCAUGCGCAUCGAGCCGGACUACGAGACGCUUUCCUGUAGUUUCAAGUUCGGCCUCGCGCCGUCGGUGGACGACGAGAUCGACGCGCUGGCGACGCCGUGCUUCUCCGCCUGCCCGUCGGGCGGCGCGCUGCGCGCGGAGCACCAGCAGUGCCCAGAUGUCGCGGAUACCAGCACGUCGCUGUUCCUCGAGCAGCUGACCGACGAGCAACGCGGGCUCGUUAUUGAAAGAUUACAUAGUAGCUUAUACACA